UUUAUAUCUGUGUCAGUACAACAAAAUUGAAGUUUAAUUUAUUUAAUUCAGUAAAUAAAAGUGCUAAAUACUUAGGUAACCCUCUUACGAUAUUUACAUACGUAAAUAGAUUACGUGUGCUGAUAAAUAAGAGUGUGCUUAGAAAAUCUGACUAUUUAUCUCAAUUUAAAACAGAACUAACCGUUCGAAAAGUGUCACGACAUGGAUCAAGAAAGGCCAGAAAGCACAGUAAAUCACGGAAAACGUAGUCGACCUUUGCUACUUCAACCGAGUCCUAAGAUUGCAAGGCUAUCAGCCUACGGGAGUUCAUCUAGUUCAGUGCUUAAGAAUUCAAAAAAAUUGGGACCACAUUCGAUUAAAAAGACGAAACCUUUAAUUAAUAAAAACGAUGUUCCACCCCCUGGCACUCCCGUACCUGAUAAAUAUGUCCGUAAGGCUGGUCCUUACUUAUUAGGGCCUAAACUAGGGCCUAGUCCAGUUAAGAGUAUAGUUCAAUGUCUUGCAAGGAAAGAAAAAACUGAUGAUUAUUAUCAGAUUAAAAUUUUAACAAUUCGAAAUGAAGGACAACCUGAAACACAAGAUGAUAGACAAGGAAAGAUGUUGCUGCACACAGAAUAUUCACUAUUAUCAUUGUUAAAAGACCAAGAUGGUGUGGUUCAUCAUAAUGGUCUCUUUAAGGAUCAUGCACUUGAGGAAAUCCCCAAUCCGAAUGGCCCGGGUUUUUUAUACACUGGUAGAGUCCGCCAAAGAUUAUUCCUGGUAUUGGACUGUGUUACAUCACAUCAGUUUAGUGAGAAAGGCAGCGAAUUGAUAAACCUGCAGCAGUAUGUCACAAAAGUCAAGAAAGUUCCGGAAAAAGAAGCUGUACUUAUAUUCUAUGAUAUUGUUAGGGUGGUUGCCAAUUUACAUAAGAGAAACAUAGUACAUAGAGACUUGAAGUUAGGCAAUAUAGUGUUGAACCAAAGAACUGGCAGAAUAACUAUAACAAAUUUCUGCUUGGGCACUCAUUUGGGCAGCGAUAGAGAUUUGUUGAAGGAUCAAAGAGGAUCACCAGCGUAUAUAUCUCCGGAUGUGUUAAUGUGCAAGCCGUACCACGGAAAGCCGUCAGACAUGUGGGCAUUAGGUGUGGUAUUAUACACUAUGUUGUAUGGACAGUUCCCCUUCUGUGAUACAAGUCUUACGCAGCUCUUCAGUAGGAUACAGGCUGCUAAUUAUAAUAUACCGCCGGACGGUAACUCAGUUCAAGUUUCAGAUAAUACGGUAUUCUUGAUUCAAAGGCUACUGGUGAAGGAUCCAAAACACAGGUUACUGGCAGAUGAUGUUUUAGAUCAACUGUCAAGUAUAAUAGCAAGCUACGUGAUAGUCCCGAACCCUCCUGAGGAUCUUCAGGUGGUACCUGACGUGCCAUUGGAGGAGGAGAAAGAGGAAAAGCCGGUAGCAAAUAGUACAGUUGAUAAGAAACCUUUUAUUAACAUUCCGGAAAGUUCUGAACGAGCUAAUAAUAACGAGGAAUUGGGUGUAUUUUGCGUACCAUUGCCCGAUUUCUUUGCACUCAACUUCCCAUCAUCAAACCGUCAGAACGGCAUCCUCAUACAACCGACAGACUCAUCAUCAAUCACAUCACCAAAUCAACGUCAAAUCACCGUUCAGAGGGUCGGCAGAGAUGCAAGACCUUUAUUACCAUGUGAAAUAUCAAGAUAUCAACAUAUGUUCGCAACAAAUAGAACGGAAAGAAGAUCUGAUGUACAGAAUUUUGUACCCGAGAGACAGGAACGGCAGGAAAAUUCAAGAUUAAGGAAUCUAGCUCAAAGAAUACCUAGGCUUAAUGCUAUAAAUACAGAUUUUCGAGUGAUACCAUGGUCUGAAAGGUCUAGAUUACAAGAUAGGACUUGGGAUCAAGAUUAUGUGGUUCGAUUGCCUAUUUUAGAUAUUACUAGAAUGUCAAAUAGGAUAAUGAAUCCAGCGCCGGUGCAUGUAGUUAAUCCAGAAUCGGUUGUAAAUAAUCCUCGGCCUCCAGUUGAUAAUGCUGAGUUGGAUUAUAAUUAGGAUUUUAACUCGUACUCAGAGUGAUCAGUGCUACAAUUAACUUGAUUACUAGUAAAGGAUAUACGAAUUUAUUGUUUUGAAAUAUUUCUACUAAAAUAUACAUUUUUUUAAAGUGGCAAUUGAAACUAUAAAACUCCAAAAUAACGAAGUGACAUAAACCCAUAUAUAACCUUACAUAAUUUUAAAAACCUGAAGUAUACAAAAAAAGGAGUUAUCCCAUACUUAUGUCCCCUCCUCUGCCAAUUCUAUUGUUCACAUAUUUUGUUUAAUGCAAUAUAACCUAGCAAAAUAUAGGAAAUAUUUGUAUUUUUAUGUAUUGAAAUAACUCCAAAAUUAUUUUGCCGAUUUUAAAAAUUCUUACACAAUU